AUGGUUUCACAUUCAAUCCAGUCAAUUCACUCGGAGGGAUCGAGUGAUGGACAAGGGCGUAUAAAGAAACAGAAACAUGAAGGUACCACUAAGGAUAAGAUGGAAGGCCACAAAUCCAAUAAACAAAUCCACGGAAAGUUUAUUAUUACCUUGGGAGCCAAGAAGAAGAAUAAAUAUAGUCUUUCAGAUUUAGAUAAUGCAAUAGAGGCUUCUACGACUACUGAUGAUGAUGGUGAUGUUCCAAUGCUCGAUGUGGACGAUGAGAAUGAGAUUGAAAUGAUAUCUGAUUAUGUACUGAAUCAUCGUAACCAUUCUGUAGCUCUAGAUAAUUCUUUUGCUGGUUUAAGUCGAGAUGAAAGCCGAAUGAAUAGUGGGAAUUUACUCUCUAGUGAACACAUUACGAUUUUUGUUGUGGAUACCAACUUUAUUUUGUCUCAUCUGUAUACGCUUGAGGUACUACGGGGAUUGGCUGGGGAAUAUAAUCAUAAGAUUUUGAUACCCAACACAGUGAUUCAGGAAUUAGAUGGGUUGAAGCAAUUUGAUAAGACGAAGUCAAUUGAACCAAAUGGGCCUGGACAUAGUACGGAUUCGAUCAGUUUGUUGGCUCGCCGGGCAAAUGAUUGGAUCUAUAAGAAUUUAGCCAAUUUAGAUUCUUGUGUUAUAGGGCAGAAAUUAAGACAACGGAUAGAUCACAAUAGUGUAAAGGAUGAUGCAAUUUUAGACUGUUGCAUGUAUUUUAAAGAAAUAAUGAAGAAGCUAGUGAUUCUCCUGUCAAAUGACAAAAAUCUUUGUAUGAAGGCGCUUGCGGAACACAUUUUGACUGUUUCGUACCGUAAGGAUAUGACUGCAGAAUUAAUCGCGUCAAAAUCUUCCUCAGAGAAUUACAACUGGUAUCAUAAUGCAAUUGCACCAAGUGACGAAGAUGAGAUAAUGGAGCAUAAUAGUAUUGUACUUGAUGAAACUGUUUCUAAUGAUCCUCAAGAUGCACAAACUUUGUUUUCGACUAUUGAACGAAUGAUUAUUUCAGCCAUAGAUCAUACCAUGCAAGAAGAAUAUGGGCUGGACUUAGAACUUGUCGGAUACAGAAAACGCAACAUAACUUCGUUGGUUAAAGCCAUAAAGUGCUUCCAAAAAUUUUGGAUAUCUGUAUUUUCAGAAUACUUCAAGCAUACACCCAUAUCACAGAACACAUGGAACUCUUUACCGCAAGAAUUACUGCAACCUGCUACAGACCAGAAAUCAUUAGACCAAUUGAUUGACUUUUGGGGGUUUGUAUUGCAAAGGCUAUACAUUAAAAGGGAAGAAACCGACAGGGAAACGCUCAAGAAGAUUAUUGAGAGCUGGCCUAGUUUAUCCAUAUAA